CUGCCAAGGCAGCUAGCAGUUGGUUUGUGAAACCUGCAAGAGCCACAAAGACGAGAGGGAGGCGUCUGCUGCGUCCCUGGGUCGUUUCAAAGUUGCCUUUAAAACAUCGUAAGAUUAAACAACCGCUAGUUAUGGCAGAGGGAGACAACAAAAGCGCGAACGUACUCGUAAGUAACGUUAUCCCACCUUCGACUUGACAAGCCUUUCUUCCUAAGCUAGUUAACGUCGUAGUGUUGCUUGACUCUUGCUGUCAACGGCCUUAAUGCUAACAAUUAGCCAGCUAUGCUAGCAUUAGUUGGACGUAGCUUGCUAGCGAAGAAGGAUCAGUGAAAAUGAAAACCGUGCCCAACAACACAUUCAAUAUUUAAUCUGCCCGUCUGAGUGAAUUAACCAAGUCAUGGUUUGUUAGACGGCCUAUGUAUCAUUUUACAUAGGCCGUUAACGUUAGCUACGCCAACAAAAUGAGUUAUGCAGUCUAAUAUUGGCCUAAUAUUAGCUAACAUUAUUGCUUAUUAUUUAGUUAACUAGCUGUUAACGCAUGAGAUCGCUAAUUGAUGAAAGGCGGUCUUGUAACUAGCAUACAGCUAGCUGUGUUUAUUUGACUGGCUACCCAACAGACGGCUGUCCGUAAGGUUAUUUUAAAUGUGACAGACGUUCAGCUGGCAAGCCGAGCGAGCCUAAUGUCUGGCUAAUUUGUAUCGUGUGAAAUUACUAAACAUCCCACGUGAAAUUCCCAACAUUGCGCUACCUUAACUAUUUGAUCAGCCACAGAAAGAUAACUAAAAUAUAGUUCAAAAGUUAGACGAUUUACUCAGAGAAUGUAGCAUGAUUAGAGUGAAUAGUGUAAUGAAGACCAUGGUCAGAAGUGGUCGCUGCUCCGACCGUUGGCAGAACAGUGCUAAAUUCCAACGUCAACUGACAAGCUAGCUAUUGGCUGCAGGUUCGUGUGUGAUAACCGCGGAAUAGAAAACCAAAUGGAUCAUAUUAAUUAACAACGCUAAGACAGAAUUUCAAUAUCUACCCUCCCCGGAAAAGUGUUCAUGUUUUCAUAGUGAAUGUCUUAGUCUAACCUUUUAAAUUGCCAUAGAAACGGCCCCUCUCAACAUUGGUUGACCAGGGUUAGAGGAAUAGAAAGCCACGGAUCUGGGGGAUGAAUAUGACGAGGGUAUCAAGUUGAUUUUGAUUGGUCCAAAGCGCAGACGUUACCGUCUCCCAAUGCCGAACAAUUACAUUUACAUUUACAUUUUAGUCAUUUAGCAGACGCUCUUAUCCAGAGCGACUUACAGGAGCAAUUAGGGUUAAGUGCCUUGCUCAAGGGCACAUCGACAGAUUUUUUCACCUAGUCGGCUCGGGGAUUAGAACCAGCAACCUUUCGGUUACUGGCACAACGCUUUUACCCACUAAGCUACCUGCCGCCCCGAACAAUGGAAGAGAACUAGCGAAGGACACUACAUACUAACGUUAUCAUUUAAUCAACACUGUUAAGUACAAGCAUAUUAGGUAGUAAUAUUGUAGAGAACAAUCUAAUUAUUAAUUGUAUGUGAUUCAUAGUGACAUGGGCUAAACUAGGUUUAGACAUUAAUUUAGUAGCACCCUCUUGAAUUUAUCUGUAUUUCACUACAUUCUCUAGCAGUGGUUCCCAAACUGUGGGGCGAGCCCCCCCCCCAUGUUUUUAUUUGUAUUUUAAGGAACUCAGUCCUGCUUUCAACUUACUCCUGAAAGUUGUAAUAGUAGAACACAUGGUGCAAUUUCGAAAUUGGGUAGUGCAUCAUCAGUUUCCCACUUGUCAUGUCAGUCAUUGCAUUUCUUAGAGCUAUUUAUAACUUGUAAGUAAUGUCCAGACUAUCCCAUGUCGACUAACGUUUUUUUUAGCCCAUAGAUUUUGUAAUGUUCGAGUCACUCAAAUCACAUGAAUACACAUUAGACAUGACAAAAUGUAUAGAAUUGCAAGAAAAUUAGCUUUAAAACUGCAGGAUUCUCUCUGCACACCAUGACAAAAUGUGUAGAAUUGCAGGAAAUAAGCUUUAAACCUGCAAAAACAGUGUGACCAUAGAAAGACGUGCUGUGCGUGGGAAAAAGUUUGAACUGCUGUUCUAGAGCAGUGAGUGAACGCCCUAGAAUCUGUUUGAAAUUGUCUUCAGUCAAAUUGUGCUUUGACAGCUUAACGAUAGCUCUCAGAUGUGGCAGUCAGGCCUUGUCUGUCAUUGAUUACAUUUAACCACUAAACAAAUCUACCACAGAGGAUCAACUGACAACUAGGAUGGACCACGAUGAUGAUUUGUCUCGAAAACAAGUCUGUAACGUUAAUAGCUAUGCCUUUUCCUGGCUGGCUGUGCGUCAUGAGACGGCAUGGUGUUUAGUGCCCUUGGAAUGAGAUGGCUGUAUGAAGACAAUGUGGGAUUAUUUCACUUCCCCGACCAUUCACAAGGACACCUCUGUUUUCCUCAACCCUGUAGCUCUGCUCAGCUGCCAAUUUUUUUAUUUCUUUUUUUGAUUAAUUUAACCUUUAUUUAACCAGGCAAGUCAGUUAAGAACAAAUUCUUAUUGAAAAUGCCGGCCUAACCCGGCCGACGCUGGGCCAGUUGUGCGCCGCCCUAUGGGACUCCCAAUCACGGCCGGAUUGUGAUACAGCCUGGAAUCAAACCAGGGUCUAGUGAGGCCUCUAGCACUGAGAGAUGCGGUGCCUUAGACUGCUGCGCCACUCGGGAGGGAACUGAUAGUGGUAGAUGGAUGUUUGGAAGUCAGCAGGGCUUAAGGUAUUAGCUAGCCUUGAGGAAUUAAACGGUGGUAUGUCUGUGGUGCAGUCUGAACCCUAGUCCCUAUAUAGUGCACUACGUUUGACCAGAGCCUAUAAGGAAUAUGGUACCAUUUGGUACUCAGCCUUAGAUUAGAGCUCUUUAGAUUAAUAGGCUAAACUGUCAACUAUAUGUGAAUUGGAGUUAGUUGUCUGGCUGAAAGUUGGAUGGCUUUUCUUCAGAGUCCACCAGUGAAUCUGGAGUCCUUUUUCAACCCGUCCUGUUAUCAGGCUACGUUUUCACUCACCUUGGGGGACUAUUAAUCAGACUGGUCAAAUUGCUACUUUCUAUGUCGGGAGCUGGGGAUUUGUGUAUGUAUUUAAACUGACCUUAACCCCAUGGCUCUGCAAUAGACUAGCGUCCUGUCCAGUGGGUGUACUUGUACAUCAAGCUGCCUCACUCUACAAAAACAGGAGAUAAGCUCCUGUCUUAUGGGCCGUUCUGGCUCGUACAAGGCUACUCCCUGACCUCUGUCUCUGUGUGUCUCCCUGUGUGUGUGGCUCUGGCGUGCCCCAGGCCCAGGAGACGGCCCAGCUGGAGGAGCAGCUGCAGGGCUGGGGAGAGGUGAUCCUGGCUGGGGACCAGGUGCUGCGCUGGAAGAAACCAUGGUUCCCUGCAGCCCUGAUGGCAGCCACCACACUGCUCUUCAUGUGAGUAGUACUCACACAUACACGCAAUCAACAUGAUCACCUUCACCUGUAGCAGCAUGGUGGCUCCAGCAAUGUGUUGCAAUCAGCAUUAUUUACUACAUUAUCACUGCACACCACACAGAGAAGGGACACACACACACCACACAGAGAAGGGACACACACACACCACACAGAGAAGGGACACACACACACCACACAGAGAAGGGAAACACACAUACACCACACACAGAAAGGGACACACACACACACCACACAGAGAGGGACACACACACACACCACACAAUAGGGACACACACACACACACACACAGAUAGGGACACACACCACACCCCACACAGAGAAGGGCACACACACACACACCACACAGAGAAGUGACACACACACACACCACACCUAGAAGGCACCACACACACACCCCACCGAGAAGGGAACCACACACACACCCACACAUAGAAGGGACACACACCACCACACAGAGAAGGGGACACACACACACAAACACACACACAGAGAAGGGACACAAAAACCCAAACACACCAACAGAGAAGGGGGGACACACACACACACACACCACACAGAGAAGGGGGACACAACACACCACACAGAGAAGGGGGACACACACACACCACCACAGAGAAGUGGGACACCACACACACACCAAACGAGAAGGGGGACACACACACACACACAGAGAAGGGGACACCACCACACACACACAGAGAAGGGGGGAAACACAACAACACCACACAGAGAAGGGACACACAAACACACACAACACACACACAGAGAAGGGGGAGGUACACACACACACACACACACACCACACAGAGAAGAGGGGACACCCACCACAUACCACACAGAGAAGGGGGACACACCAAAUAACCACACCGAGAAGGGGGACACACACACACACCACACCACACAGAGAAGGGACAAAACCACACACACACCACACACACUCCACACAGAGAAGGGGGACACACACACACACACACACACACACACACACACACACACACUCCACACAGAGAAGGGGGACCACACACACCAAACACCACACAGAAAGGGGGGACACACAACACAACACACCACACAGAGAAGGGGGGACACACCACACACACACAACACACAACACAGAGAAGGGGGACACACACACACACACACAGAGAAGGGGACACACCACACACCACACAAGAGAAGGGAACACACACACACACACCACACAGAGAAGGGAGACACACCCCACACACACACCCACACAGAGAAGGGGGACACACACACACACACACCACACAGAGAAGGGGACACACACACACCCAACACCACACAGAGAAGGGGACACACACACACAACCACACCACACAGAGAAGGGGACACACCACACACACACCACACAGAGAAGGGGGACACACACACACCACACAGAGAGGGACACCCACACACCACCAAGAAGGGGGACACACACACACACACCACCACACAGAGACGGGGGACACACACAACACCACACCACAAGAGACGGGGACACACACCACACCACACAGAGAAGGGGACACACACACCAACAACCAACACAAAACGGAAGGGACAUACAACACCACCACACACCACACAGAGACGGGGGACACACACACACACACACACCACACCACACAGAGAAGGGAGACACACCACACCACACCACACAGAGAAGGGGGACACGCACACACACACACCACACAGAGAAGGGGGACAUACACACACACCACACCACACAGAGAAGGGGGACACACACACACACCACACAUAGAAGGGGGACACACACACACACCACACAGAAGGGGGACACACACACACACCACACAGAGAAGGGGGACACACACACACACCACACAGAGAAGGGGGACACACACACACACCCACACAGAGAAGGGACACACACACACACACACACCACACAGAGAAGGGACACACACACACACACACACACACACCACACAGAGAAGGGGGACCACACACACACACCACACCGAGAAGGGGCACACACACACCACACAGAGAAGGGGGACACACACACCACACCACACAGAGAAGGGGGACACACACACACACCACACCACACAGAGAAGGGGGACACACACACACACACACACACCACAGAGAAGGGGGACACACACACACACACACACACACACCACACCACACAGAGAAGGGGGACACACACACACCACACCACACAGAGAAGGGGGAACAACACAACCACACAGAGAAGGGAGCACACACACACACACACACACACACACACAGAAAAGGGGGACACACACACACACCACACCAGAAACAAAACCAAAACCACACAGAGAAGGGGGACACACACACACCACACAGAGAAGGGACACACACACACACACCACACAGAGACGGGGGACACAACACCACACCACACAGAGACGGGGGAACACACACACCACACAGAGACGGGGGACACACACACACACACACCAACCACACGAGAAGGGGGACACACACCCCAACCACACAGAGAACGGGACACACACACACAACACACACACACCAACCAGAGAGGGGGACACACACACACCCACACAGAGACGGGGGACACACACACACACCACACCAGAGACGGGGACACCACACACACACCACACAGAAACCGGGGGGACACACACACACACCCCACACGAGAAGGGGGACACACACCACACACACCAAACCACACAGCCACACAGGAGGGACACACACACCACACACACACACCACCACCACCAGAGAAGGGGGACACAACACACCACACCACAACCAACAGAGACGGGGGACACACACACACAACCACACCCAUACAGAGACGGGGGACACACACACACACCACACAGAGACGGGGGACACACACACACCACACAACGAGACGGGGGACACACACACACACACACCACAGAGAAGGGACACACAACACCACACAGAGAAGGGGGGACACACACACACCACACAGAGAAGGGACACACACACACACAAAACACACAACACACACACACACACACAACAACCACCAGAAAAGGGGGACACACACACACCACACCACACAGAGAGGGGGGACACACACCACACAGAGAAGGGACACACACACACACACACCACACCACACAGAGAAGGGACACACACACACCACACCACACCACAUAGAGAAGGGGGGCACACACACCACACCACACCACACAGAGAAGGGACACACACACACCACACAGAGAAGGGACACACACACACACACCACACAGAGACGGGGGACACACACACACACACCACACAGAGACGGGGGACACACACACCACACAGAGACGGGGGACACACACACACACACCACACAGAGACGGGGGACACACACACCACACACCACACAGAGAAGGGGGACACACACACACACACCACACCACACAGAGAAGGGACACACACACACACACACACCACACAGAGAAGGGGGACAUACACACACACCACACAGAGAAGGGGGACAUACACACACACCACACAGAGAAGGGGGACAUACACACACACCACACCACACAGAGAAGGGGGACACACGGAGGACACACACACCACACCACAGAGAGGGGCCCAACCACACCACACAGAGACGGGACCACACACACAACACACACACACACCACACAGAGACGGGGGGACACACACACACACCCACACAGAGACGGGGGACACACACACACCACCACACAGAGACGGGAACACACACACACACACCACACAGAGACGGGGGACACACACCACACCACACAGAGACGGGGGACACACACACACCACACAACAACCACACCACACAAGAGGGGACACACACACACACACACCACAACCACACAAGAGAGGGGGCACACAACACACACACACAACACAACCACACACAGAGACGGGGGACACACACACCCCACACCACACAGAGAGGGACACACACACACACCACACAGAGAAGGGGGACACACACACACACACCCACCACACAAGAAGGGGACACACCCCACACACACCACACAGAGAAGGGACACACACACACACCACACAGAGAAGGGGGACACACACACACACACCACACAUAGAAGGGGGACACACACACACACCACACAGAGAAGGGGGACACACACACACACCACACAGAGAAGGGGGACACACACACACACCACACAUAGAAGGGGGGACACACACACACACACCACACAGAGAAGGGGGACACACACACACACCACACAGAGAAGGGGGACACACACACCACACCACACAGAGAAGGGGGACACACACACACACCACACAGAGAAGGGGGACACACACACACACCACACAUAGAAGGGGGACACACACACACACCACACAGAGAAGGGACACACACACACACACACCACACCACACAGAGAAGGGGGACACACACACACCACACCACACAGAGAAGGGGGACACACACACACCACAGAGAAGGGGGACACACACACACACACACACACACACCACACCACACCACACAGAGAAGGGGGACACACACCACACAGAGAAGGGACACACACACACACACACCUCACCACACAGAGAAGGGGGACACACACACACACACCACACAGAGAAGGGGGACACACACACACACACCACACAGAGAAGGGGGACACACACACACACACCACACAGAGAAGGGGGACACACACACACCACACAGAGAAGGGACACACACACACACACACACAGAGAAGGGGCACACACACACCACACAGAGAAGGGACACACCACACCACACAGAGAAGGGACACACACACACACACACCACACCACACAGAGAAGGGGGACACACACACACACACACACACACCACACCACACCACACAGAGAAGGGGGACACACACACCACACCACACCACACAGAGAAGGGACACACACACACACACACACACCUCACCACACAGAGAAGGGGGACACACACACACACACCACACAGAGAAGGGACAUUUUGAAGUGAAUGUAGGCCUAUUGUUUAUGCAUUCGAAUGGCCGAUGCGCUUCCCGCAGUUACUCUAUUGUCAUGCUAGACACUCGUAUUGUGACACACUGCCAAUUGGAUAAAUAAAUCAUACAGCCCUGGAUAGCUGGGAUCCACCUCUUUUCAGUAAUUACCAUCAAAACUGUUUUCCCAAGAUUGCGUUUAGAAAUUCUGCCCGGUGACUAGGCUUAAUACAACACAUUUCUUUCCACGCAGCAAUCAGCGGUGUGAGGAGUUGCGUGCUCUCGCCACCCGACAGUUGAUAUCAGCUGAUAAAAGUCGCUCUGGAUAAGAGCGUCUGCUAAAUGACGUAAAUGUAAAUAAAUAAACGACAUGGCUACUUAACAGCUUCCGGAAUUAAUAUAGACUACAACAUUUAAUUAUUACAAAAUUCAUUUUUAUUUCUUCCUGUAUUUAACCAACAAGUGAUGUCUGUAAAUAAUGUUCAUGUCUUGACAAGCAAGCAGCUCCAGGUCCCCCAGAAUUUAAAACGCAUUUCCUGCAAUUCUACACAGUUUAACAUGAUUUAUUAUGCCUCUCUUGGGGGCUAUAUGGAGGGGGCUAUAUGGAGGGGUAUUUUGAAAACACAGUGUAAGUGGAAGGCUACCCACCCCCACCCCAAAUAAAUGAUGAAAAUGAACCUAUAGACUGAUGAGCAUGACUGUCAAAUAUAUUUUUGGUGGCUAACUGAUUAGCGGUUAACAUCACUACUUUAUUUGUACCCUCUACCCAUGUCGAUAGGGGCAGUGAAUGUCCGAACAGUAUAAUUACUUUUAGCACAAUGGCCAUAACAAAGUUUAACCCAUUUUAUAAACCAUGUUGUCACUUGACUUGUGUGUUGAGGUGGACGUUUUUUUUCUUGGUCAAUAUACAUUACAAUAAUAAUUUGGCGUAUGAAAAUGUGGGCAGGGAACAAGCUACAACUGCUACUGACUGGUACUUAAAGAACUUGAAUGAAUGGAUAAACCCAAUUUGACUUUAUAGCUCCUAUUAUAAAAUGUGUCACGCAUGUACAUCACUCUUUAAGACAUUAUGCCUAGUGUGGUCCUGUGUAGCUCAGUUGGUAGAGCAUGGCGCUUGCAACGCCAGGGUUGUGGGUUCGAUGGCCAGGGGGGGCAGUAUGAAAAUUUAUGCACUCACUAACUGUAAGUCGCUCUGGAUAAGAGCGUCUGCUAAAUGACUAAAAUGUAAUAUAAAGUACUGUCUUUCCUGUUACAUCAGCUACUGUACCUGUAUUUUGUCAUACCCAAACCUCAAUCAUUUAGAGUGUGUACCAUGUAAACAUGUCUAACUGCACUCUGCAUUCAUUGUGUAGGUGAGAAACGCUUAAAGGCUCUUCCCAAAACAACAGUCCAAGCAGUGGGUGGCAACAAAAAUAAUCUAUAAACCAAAACAGUUCCAGUUCAGGUAGAAAGUGGUUGAGCAGGUGCCGGAGCGGUGACAGGAUCUAACGAUGGUUCAGCUACUUACCCAUUGGAUAACUGUCCAUUUGGUUCAGCUACUUACCCAUUGGAUAACUGUCCAUUUGGUUCAGCUACUUACCCAUUGGAUAACUGUCCAUUUGGUUCAGCUACUUACCCAUUGGAUAUCUGUCCAUUUGGUUCAGCUACUUACCCAUUGGAUAACUGUCCAUUUGGUUCAGCUGAAACUGGGUUGUGUCUCCAAUUUUCUUUUCGGGAUCCGGACAAAUGUUUCCAGGACACCGGAGUUGAUGUGGGCAGCAAGAUCCCUGUGGUCGCGAAAGCAAACGAACUGCUCCUCAUCAAUCAAAUUCUCUGCAGCAUAAGCAUUCUUAAUGAGUUGGCAUUGGAGCACAGUUGCCACAACUGCACCAUCCAUCUGCGUUCAUCCUGGGGAUGGGGUGGGGCUGUGGUCCCGCUAGAGCGGUGGCGGAUACGAAGCUCAAUUAGCCUCUUCUUCAUCGUCGUACUCGGGCUCAUAGCCGUGGGAUGUAGGGGUGCUGCAGCGCCCCCUGAUAAAUCGCCCCAAAAAAUAUAUAUACUUGUCAGCGGAGCGGGGAGAAAAAUACCCCCACCCCAAAGCAUCUUCCCACGGCCAUGCUUGGGCUCAAAUAAAUACGGUUUGACGACCCCAUCGGCGCCCUUACAGUAGUUUUCUUAAUCUCUCGUGAGUAUUUAGUUGUCAGACAUGUUUGUAACGCUAGGCUACUGUCUUCACUUCUGCCCCGAACAAAACUUGCAUCUGUGAUUGUGAAUAAGGGCCACUCAUGCAGUUUUUACGUAAAAGUCCACUCUAAAAUGUGCAGUUUUGUCACACAACACAAUGCCACAGAUGUCUCAAGUUUUGAGGUAGCGUGCAAUUGGCAUGCUGACUGCAGGAAUGUCCACCAGAGCUGUUGCCAGAGAAUUGAAUGUUCAUUUCUCUACUAUAAACCGCUUCCAAAGUCGUUUUAGAGAAUUUGGCAGUACGUCCAACCGGCCUUACAACUGCAGACCACGUGUAUGGCGUCGUAUGGGUGAGCGGUUUGCUGACGUGAACAGAGUGCCCCGUGGUGGGGUUAUGGUAUGGGCAGGCUACGGACGACGAACACAAUUUGCAUUUUAUCGAUGGGAAUUUGAAUGCACAGAGAUCCUGAGGCCCAUUGUUGUGCCAUUCAUAGGGCCUAAUGAGUUUAUUUCAAUUGACCGAUUUCCUUUAUAUGAACUGUAACUCAGUAAAAUCUUUGAAACGGUUGCAUUUAUAAUUUUAGUUCGGUAUAGUAAAUUUAGCUUUUCAGACAUAACCCUUGAUAGAAGACCUAAUUUCUCUGGUCUCCACUUGACAGCUUGACUUUGUUUUGACCUGCAGUGGAAUUGAGACAUCUGACCCUCUCUCUCUUUGUUCUUCCCCUGUCUCUCUUUCUCUACCUCUCCUUCCAUCCCUCUCUCCAGGAUGAUCUACUACCUGGACCCAUCGGUGCUGACCGGCCUGUCCUGCUCUAUCAUGCUGCUGUGUCUGUCUGACUACCUGGUGCCCACCCUCGCCCCCCGCGUCUUCGGAUCCAACAAGUGGUGAGGGGAGGGGGGUAUAUCUGGGGUACAGGGUAGAUCUGGAGUACAGUGUGGUGGGGUAUAUCUGGGGUACAGGGUGAUGGGGUAUAUCUGGAUUAUAGGGUGGUAUAUUUGGGAUACAGGGUAUAUCUGGGGUACAGGGUGGGGGGGGUAUAUCUAGGGCAGAGGAGUUUGGUAUCUGUGGAUAAAACGGUUGGGGUGUCUGCUUAGGGGGGAGGGCGGCAGGACUUUAGGGGUUGUUGGCGAGGGUUGUUGGCAGGAGGUAGGGGGUGUUUGUAGAGGUUCUGGAGGGGGGGGGGGGGUCGUUUGGGGACAUAGUGUGAUGUUAGUGGAGCAUGACACCGGUGUACAUCUAAAGGAUCCAGGCGGUCCUCUCUGUCAUACCCUCCCCUCCUUCAGUGGUUCUGUAGUAACAGGACACCAGUACAGGAUUAAGUGACGCUCUGUAGUUAGUGGUGUAUCAGUACUGUCUCUAGCCACCAAGGUCUUGUAGUUAGUGGGUAUCAGUACUGUCUCUAACAUCAGUAGCUGUAGUCUACCCGGACUGAUCAGUACGGGUUCUAAACCCCAAGUGCGUAGUAAGUGCUUUCAGUAUGUCAGUAUAAAGUCUUAUAGUGUGUUUGCAGUAGGCUCUCCAUGUAUUAAUACAGUACUUCUUACACAGUUGUGGAUUUGUGUUAAUUCAGUAGUUAAACCAGUCUUAUACCUGUGGGACUUUCUAACAUAAGUCUGAUUAGUAGGUAGAUCGUGACACUCUAGACACCAGUCUGUAGUUAGUGGUGUAUCAGUACUGUCUCUAACACCAGUCUGUAGUUAGUGGUGUAUCAGUACUGUCUCUAGCACCAGUCUGUAGUUAGUGGUGUAUCAGGACUGUCUCUAGCACCAGUCUGUAGUUAGUGGUGUAUCAGUACUGUCUCUAACACCAGUCUGUAGUUAGUGGUGUAUCAGUACUGUCUCUAGCACCAGUCUGUAGUUAGUGGUGUAUCAGGACUGUCUCUAACACCAGUCUGUAGUUAGUGGUGUAUCAGACUGUCUCUAACACCAGUCUGUAGUUAGUGGUGUAUCAGGUACUGUCUCUAACACCAGUCUGUAGUUAGUGGUGUAUCAGUACUGUCUCUAGCCUCAGUCUGUAGUUGGUGUCGGAUGUCUAGUGACCCAGCCCCAUUCCCUGUCCUAGACCCUGGCCGCAGCUCUAGACCCAGACUUAGACACAGCCACAGCCUGACUCGGCUGUUUGUUAGCAGUCCCAGUCUAGGGUUGGGCGGUAUCCAGAUUUCCAUACCUUCAUACAGUUCCUGUACCAUACCUGGGUAUACGGUAUUUCCAGCAGUGCACACACGGGGCGCUAUUUCUUUCCAAAUGAAAAAAUUAUGUAUGCUAACAAAGUACUAGCGAAUUUCCAUAGCAGAUGCGAGCUAAAUGCUAACAAGCAAACAUCAACGAAAUGCAAGGACUGACAACCCAGCUCAUGAAUGUGUACAUCUAUCUCAAAAAGCUACUCACACUUGAUCCAGAAGAGGAUUUAUUCUCUGCUGUAACCAAGAAGCUUGAUAUUGCAAGCUAGCCUUCUAAUGUUAUAGCUAGCAAGUUAGCAAACCAAAUGCAUAGCUGGAACCCUGAGCUGGGAAAAAUGUAUUUGGUACAUCUUAGAUAAAUAUCUUCUAACUAACUAUAAGCGACUGGUGUUAGUGCUGCUCAACAAUGGAUUGUCACGUUUGCCCCAUGUGCUCAUUGUAAACAAACUGGCUCAAGUGAAAAAAAUCAUACCGGCGGUACUUCAAAAUACCGCCCAAGUCUACCCCCAGUCUGAAGUUGAUGGGAUGUAUCAGAUGUCGGUAGUGGUUCUGCCCUAGGCCAAGCCCCUGACCUGAGUCCCAGUCUUAGACACUGUCUCCAGCCCUUGUCCUAUGCACAGACUGACUGUCUGUCCCUUAGGGAAAAUAUAUAGGAUUGCUCUUAUCCAAAGCUACUUACAGGAGCAAUUAGGGUUAAGUGCCUUGCUCAAGGGCACAUCGACAGAUUUUCACCUAGUCUGCUCGGGGACUCAAACCAGCGACCUUUCGGUUACUGGCCCAACGCUCUUAACCUCUAGGCUACCUGCCGCCCUCUGACCUUUUGAAAAGAAAGGAGAUUAGAGGGAGAGGAUUUAGAUGUGCCGCCAUGUAGCCCAUUAGGAUUUAGAGGUAUCUCUCUGUAGCCCAUUAGAGGAUUUAGAGGUAUCUCUCUGUAGCCCAUUAGAGGAUUUAGAGGUAUCUCUCUGUAGCCCAUUAGAGGAUUUAGAGGUAUCUCUCUGUAGCCCAUUAGAGGAUUUAGAGGUAUCUCUCUGUAGCCCAUUAGAGGAUUUAGAGGUAUCUCUCUGUAGCCCAUUAGAGGAUUUAGAGGUAUCUCUCUGUAGCCCAUUAGAGGAUUUAGAGGUAUCUCUCUGUAGCCCAUUAGAGGAUUUAGAGGUAUCUCUCUGUAGCCCAUUAGAGGAUUUAGAGGUAUCUCUCUGUAGCCCAUUAGAGGAUUUAGAGGUAUCUCUCUGUAGCCCAUUAGAGGAUUUAGAGGUAUCUCUCUGUAGCCCUUUAGAGGUGUCUCUGUAGCCCAUUAGAGCUGUGAAGGGAGAUGGCUUUAGAGCAGGGUUUGCAGACACAUCCAUGCACACGCAUACACACACUCACUCACUCAGAGGACCUGCGUACAUACAAGCCCCCCCCCCCCCCACACACACACACACACACACUGGGUCUAUGUUAGUGUCUGCCAGUGUGAGUCCUGCUGGUUCAUGAGGCCAUGUUCUGACUUGUGCCUGAAAUGGGUAGUUGUGGCUCAGCAGAAAUGAAGGGUACUUCCCCAACUGCCUUAUCAAUGGGACCAUAUGAUAUCUGAUAGGCUCAUCUCAUUCUACUGAACUGGUUCUGAUCAAGUGUUCCUGUUCAGAUGGAUGGAGGGAUAGCUGUUGACUGAAUAAAAGGACUGGUCUUGGAUAUAAUAAUACUAUCCCUCUUUCUUUCCUCUCUCCCUCUCCUCCUCCUCUCUCCCUCUGCUCCUCUCCUCCUCCUCUCCUCUCCUCCCUCUCUCCAGGUCUUCAGAGCAGCAGCAGCGUUUCCAUGAGAUCUGUGGUAACCUGGUGAAGACUCAGCGUCGUGUCCUGGGCUGGUGGAAAAGACUCUUCGCCCUCAAGGAGGAGAAACCCAAGAUGGUAAACACACAGUCCCACUUUAGCUCUGCUGUGUGUUUUAGAACAUGGUCUCCAUCUUUCCAUCUGUCGUCUGUUUUAGAACAGGGUCUCUCUGUAUCUGUCUGUUUUAUAACAGGGUCUCUCUGUAUCUGUCGUCUGUUUUAGAACAGGGUCUCUCUCUAUCUGUCUGUCUGUUUUAGAACAGGGUCUCUCUCUCUGUGUCUGUCGUCUGUUUUAGAACAGGGUCUCUAUCUCUGUAUCUCUCGCAUGUUAGCUGAUUUCAGCCUGCUGCUCCAUUUAGCUUGCUGUAAAUUAGGCUGCUGUGAAGUACAGGUUAAAUCAGUGUAGCACAGCUCAGAUGGAUGUUUCUUCUGUUCUCAUGUAAUCUUCCUCUUCACCUCCUGCCUGUGUCCCAACGGGGGAAAACAAAGGGGGUGUGGCAUUAUGACGGGGUUAGUUCACAUGUUAACUACCUAUCCAGGCGUUCUGAGAUCUGGCAUGUGUCUGCAACGUAGUCGGGCAGGAAGUCAAGCAAUGGGUUGCUGGUCAGAAAAGUCUGCUUGGUCUCUCCCGUCAAAGCCAAGCUGCAUCUCUUCCUGUUUCUGGUUUAACCUGUAGUGAUGUCACUUCCGGUUCUCUUCCCACAGUACUUUGCGUCGGUGAUCAGCAGUCUGGUGACGGUGGCCUGGAUGGGACAGCAGGUCCACAACCUUUUCCUCACCUACCUGAUUGGUACGUACCAACACCUUCCUGUCCCCUCCCUACCUGUACCCUACCUCCCUACCUGUACCGUACCCUACCUGUACCACCCUACCGUCCGACCUGUACCCUACCGUCCGACCUGUACCCUACCGUCCGACCUGUACCCUACCUACAGUGCCUUCAGAAAGUAUUCACACACCUUGACUGGAUUAAAUUGAGAUUUUGUGUCACUGAUCUACACACAGUACCCCAUAAUGUCAAAGUGGAAUUAUGUAGUUUUUUUUGGGGGGCACAUUUAUUAAAAUGAAAAGCGGAAAUGUCUUUAGUCAAUAGGUAUUCAACCCCUUUGUUAUGGCAAGCCUAAAGUUUAGGAGUAAAAAUGUGAUUCACAAGUUGCAUGGACUCACUCGGUGUGCAAUAAUAGUGUUUAAUGGGAUUUUUGAAUGACUACCUCAUCUAUUACAUACAAUUAUCUGCAAGGUCCCUCAGUCGAGCAGUGAAUUUCAAACACAGAUUCAAACACAAAGACAAGGGAGGUUUUCCAAUGCCUCAUAAAGAAGGGCACCUAUUGGUAGAUGGGGGAAAAAAAAAGCAGACAUUGAAUGUCCCUUUUUGAGCAUGAUGAAGUUAUUAAUUACACUUUGGAUGGCGUAUCAAUACACCCAGUCACUGCAAAUAUACAGGCAUCCUUCCUAACUCAGUUGCAGGAGAGGAAGGAAACCGCUCAGGGAUUUCACCAUGCCAAUGAUGACUUUAAAACAGUUAGUUUAAUGGCUGUGAUAGGAGUAAACUGAGGAUGGAUCAACAACAUUGUAGUUACUCCACAAUACUAACCUAAGUGAAAAGAAGGUAGCCUGUACAGAGUAAAAAAUAUUCCAAAACAUGCAUCCUGUUCGCAACAAGCCACUAAAGUAAUACUGCAAAAAAAUUUGGCAAAGCUAUUCACUUUUUGUCCUGAAUACAAACUGUUAUGUUUGGGGCAAAUCCAAUACAACACAUUACUGAGUACCACUCUCCAUAUUUUCAAGCAUAGUGGUGGCUGCAUCAUGUUAUGGGUAUGCUUGUAAUUGUUAAGGACUGGGGAGUUUUUCUGGAUAAAAAAAUAAACUGAAUGAAGCUAAGCAUAGGCAAAAAUCCUAGAGGGAAAACCUGGUUCAGUCUGCUUUCCACCAGACACUGGGAGAUGAAUUCACCUUCCAGCAGGACAAUAACCUAAAACACAAGGCCAAAUCUACACUGGAAUUGCUUACUAAGAAUACGGUGAAUGUUCCUGAGUGGCCGAGUUACAGUUUUGACUUAAAUCUGCUUGAAAAUCUAUGGCAAGACUUGAAAUGGUUGUCUAGCAAUGAUCAACAACCAAUUUGACAGAGCUUGAAGAAUUUUGAAAAGAAUAAUGGGUCCAGGUGUGGAAAGCUCUUAGAGACUUAACCAUAAAGACUCACAGCUGUAAUAUCUGCCAAAGGUGAUUCUAACAUCUAUUGACUCAGGGGUGUGAAUACUUAUGUAAAUGAGAUUUCUGUAUUUCAUUUUAUACAUUUGCAAACAUGAAUAAAAACAUGUUUUCAUUUUCUCAUUAUGAGGUAUUGUGCGUAGAUACAACACAACAAAAUGUGGAAUAAGUCAACGGGUAUGAAUACUUUCUGAAGACACUACCUACCUGUACUCAACCAACCUGUACUAAACCCACCUGGGCUAAUGGCUAACUCAGCCAACCUGUACUAAACCCACCUGGGCUAAUGGCUAACUCAGCCAACCUGUACUAAACCCACCUGGGCUAAUGGCUAACUCAGCCAACCUGUACUAAACCCACCUGGGCUAAUGGCUAACUCAGCCAAAGGUUUCCAGUACUGUAGCUUACUCAUUGCUGCAUUAUUUCACAAAGUCCUGAUGUUCUUCUGAGUUCAGACAAUCAGGUUAAUUCAAGCAGUGGUAUUCUGGUCCAAUCAGGUUAAUACAAACUAGUAUUUUGGUCUCUCUGACAUUGUAGCUGCUCUCUUCUGGUUUCUCCUGCUGGUAUAGUACAGAUUAUGAUGACAGUUAAACCACCGGACCCCACUAGAGAAGUGACUACAUAGGAAGGAUGUACAAAGGUUGGCAAUAAGGGAAGUGAUGUGCAUCUCCUUGGCCGUGUCCCAAACGGCACCCUGUUCUCUAUAGGUCCUGGUCUAAAGUAGUGCACUACAUAGGGAAUAGGGUACCAUUUUGGAUACACGGCCUGUCAGUUUAUGGAUGUUUCCCAACAUGAGUCAUAUCUGACGCAAAUGUUACUUGGUUUAUACAUUUAUUUGUUAAAUGUCUUUGCAUACCAGGCCAGCACAACAAGUAUUGAUUGGCACCCUAUUCACUAUAUAGUGUUCUACUUUUGACCAGGGCCUAUAGGGAUAGUGCACUAUAUAGGGAAUAGGGUGCGAUUGCAAACUGAGACCCAGCAUUAGCUAUAUAUAUAUAUAUAUAUAUAUAUAUAUAUAUAUAUAUAUAUAUAUAUAUAUAUAUACAGUGGGGGGAAAAAAGUAUUUAGUCAGCCACCAAUUGUGCAAGUUCUCCCACUUAAAAAGAUGAGAGAGGCCUGUAAUUUUCAUCAUAGGUACACGUCAACUAUGACAGACAAAUUGAGAGAAAGAAAAUCCAGAAAAUCACAUUGUAGGAUUUUUAAUGAAUUUAUUUGCAAAUUAUGGUGGAAAAUAAGUAUUUGGUCACCUACAAACAAGCAAGAUUUCUGGCUCCCACAGACCUGUAACUUCUUCUUUAAGAGGCUCCUCUGUCCUCCACUCGUUACCUGUAUUAAUGGCACCUGUUUGAACUUGUUAUCAGUAUAAAAGACACCUGUCCACAACCUCAAACAGUCACACUCCAAACUCCACUAUGGCCAAGACCAAAGAGCUGUCAAAGGCAGAAACAAAAUUGUAGACCUGCACCAGGCUGGGAAGACUGAAUCUGCAAUAGGUAAGCAGCUUGGUUUGAAGAAAUCAACUGUGGGAGCAAUUAUUAGGAAAUGGAAGACAUACAAGACCACUGAUAAUCUCCCUCGAUCUGGGGCUCCACGCAAGAUCUCACCCCGUGGGGUCAAAAUGAUCACAAGAACGGUGAGCAAAAAUCCCAGAACCACACGGGGGGACCUAGUGAAUGACCUGCAGAGAGCUGGGACCAAAGUAACAAAGCCUACCAUCAGUAACACACUACGCCGCCAGGGACUCAAAUCCUGCAGUGCCAGACGUGUCCCCCUGCUUAAGCCAGUACAUGUCCAGGCCCGUCUGAAGUUUGCUAGAGUGCAUUUGGAUGAUCCAGAAGAGGAUUGGGAGAAUGUCAUAUGGUCAGAUGAAACCAAAAUAUAACUUUUUGGUAAAAACUCAACUCGUCGUGUUUGGAGGACAAAGAAUGCUGAGUUGCAUCCAAAGAACACCAUACCUACUGUGAAGCAUGGGGGUGGAAACAUCAUGCUUUGGGGCUGUUUUUCUGCAAAGGGACCAGGACGACUGAUCCGUGUAAAGGAAAGAAUGAAUGGGGCCAUGUAUCAUGAGAUUUUGAGUGAAAACCUCCUUCCAUCAGCAAGGGCAUUGAAGAUGAAACGUGGCUGGGUCUUUCAGCAUGACAAUGAUCCCAAACACACCUCCCGGGCAACGAAGGAGUGGAUCCGUAAGAAGCAUUUCAAGGUCCUGGAGUGGCCUAGCCAGUCUCCAGAUCUCAACCCCAUAGAAAAUCUUUGGAGGGAGUUGAAAGUCCGUGUUGCCCAGCGACAGCCCCAAAACAUCACUGCUCUAGAGGAGAUCUGCAUGAAGGAAUAGGCCAAAAUACCAGCAACAGUGUGUGAAAACCUUGUGAAGACUUACAGAAAACGUUUGACCUGUGUCAUUGCCAACAAAGGGUAUAUAACAAAGUAUUGAGAAACUUUUGUUAUUGACCAAAUACUUAUUUUCCACCAUAAUUUGCAAAUAAAUUCAUUAAAAAUCCUACAAUGUGAUUUUCGGGAUUUUUUUUCCUCAUUUUGUCUCAUAGUUGACGUGUACCUAUGAUGAAAAUUACAGGCCUCUCUCGUCUUUUUAAGUGGGAGAACUUGCACAAUUGGUGGCUGACUAAAUACUUUUUUCCCCCACUGUGUGUGUGUGUAUAUGUAUGUAUGUAUAUAUAUAUAUAUAUAUAUAUAUAUAUAUAUAUAUAUAUAUAUAUAUAUAUAUAUAUAUAUAUAUAUAUAUAUAUAUAUAUAUAUAUAUAUAUAUAUAUAUAUAUUCCAAACAUCAUCGGAGACUUUGGCUAAUUGUUGGUCUGACUGAGUAGCUAUAACAGACAAGCACAAGGGCCCCAUAGCCAGCUGACAGCUGUUCAGUAGUCUGUGCGUUGUCAUCCUCCAACUGUAAAAUACCACUUAGAGAAAGGGUUAUAUAUCAGGAUGAGUCCCAAAUGGCACCCUAUUAGGGGAACCCCAUAGGGCUCUGGUCAAAAGAAGUGCACUACAUAGGGAAUAGUGUGCCCUUUGGGACGGAAACCUAGUGUCUUUUUUCCACGUUUUGUUACGUUACAGCCUUAUUCUAAAAUUGAUUAUAUUAUUUGUUUUCCUCAUCAAUCUAUACACAAUACCCCAUAAUGACAGUGAACUGUUUUUUUUAAUAAAUUUUUGCAAAUUAUUUUUUUUUAAACGGCUGCCUUAUUUACAUGCGUAUUCAGACCCUUUGAGACUCUAAAUUGAGCUCCGGUGCAUCCUGUUUCCAUUGAUCAUCCUUGAUGUUUCUACAACUUGAUUGGAGUCAACCUGUGGUAAAUUCAAUUGAUUGGACAUAAUUUGGAAAGGCACACACCUGUCUAUAUUAGGUCCCACAGUUGACAGUGCAUGUCAGAGCAAAAACCAAGCCAUGAGGUCGAAGGAAUUGUCUGUAGAGCUCCGAGACACGAUUGUGCUGAGGCACAGAUCUGGGGCAGGGUACUAAAACAUUUCUGCAGCGUUGAAGGUCCCCAAGAACACAGUGGCCUCCAUCAUUCUUAAAUGGAAGAAGUUUGGAACCACCAAGACUCUUCCUAGAGUUGGCCGCCCAACCAAACUGAGCAAUCGGGGGAGAAGGGCCUUGGUCAGGGAGGUGACCAAGAACCCGAUGGUCACUCUGACAGAGCUCUAGAGUUCCUCUGUGGAGAUGGUUGUCCUCCUGGAAGGUUCUCUGCAGCAUUCCACCAAUCAGGACUUUUAUGGUAGAGUGGCCAGACGGAAGCCAUUCCUCAGUAAAAGGCACAUGACAGCCCGUGUGGAGUUUGCCAAAAGGCACCUAAGGACUCUCAGACCAUGAGAAACAAGAUUCUCUGGUCUGAUGAAACCAAGAUUGAACUCUUUGGCCUGAAUGCCAAGCGUCACGUCUGGAAGAAACCUGGCACCAUCCCUACGGUGAAGCGUGGUGGCAGCAUCAUGCUGUAGGGAUGUUUUUUAGCGGCAGGGACUGGGAGACUAGUCAGGAUCAAGGUAAAGAUUAACGGAGCAAAGUACAGAGAGAUCCUUGAUGAAAACCUGCUCCAGAGCACUCAGGACCUCAGACUGGGGCGAAGGUUCACCUUCCAACAGCUCAACGACCCUAAGCACACAGCCUAGACCAUGCAGGAGUGGCUUCGGGACAAGUCUUUGAAUGUCCUUGAGUGGUCGCGCCAGAGCCCGGACUUGAAUCUGAUCGAACAUCUCUGGAGAGACCUGAAAAUAGCUGUGCAGCGACGCUCCCCAUCCAACCUGACAGAGCUUGAGAGGAUCUGCAGAGAAGAAUGGGAGAAACUCCCCAAAUGCAGGUGUGCCAAGCGUGUAGCGUCAUACCCAAGAAGACCCGAGGCUGUAAUCGCUGCCAAAGGUGCUUCAACAAAGUACGGAGUAAAGGGUCUGAAUACUUAUGUAAAUGUGAUAUUUCCCUUUUUUUAUACAUUUGCAAACAUUUCUAAAAACCUGUUUUCGCUUUGUCAUUAUGGGGUAUUGUGUGUAGAUUGAGAGGGGGGGGACAAUUUAAUCCAUUUUACAAUAAGGCUGUAACAUUAGUGAAGGGGUCUGAAUACUUUCCGAAUGCCCUGUAUAGUUUAAUAGACCCGUUAGGAACCAAACGGCUCAGUGGUGGAGGGACUAACCUGAGCUUGUCGAAUAAGAGAGGCUCGUUACAUUAUGCACUAAUGAAAACACCCCUUCUUUAAGCAGUAUCCUGUUUUAGUUUGGUCCUCCUUGCUCAGGGAAUAUGACAGUUGGUCAGUCAGACUGACAGUUAAACCGGUCUGACUGGUCAGCUGCUCCCACCAAAAUAGAUAUUAUUGGUACACUCAUGGCUACACUACAUGAGGACAUGUAGUGACUCUUUUGUUUCCUGUGUCCCCAGUGAGUUUCCUGCUCCUGCUUCCUGGUCUGAACCAGCAUGGCGUCAUCAGCAAGUACGCUGGCAUGGCCAAGAGAGAGAUCAACAAACUGCUGAAACAGAAGGAGAAGAAGAAUGAAUAGAAAGAAAGAGGAGAAGAAGAAGAAGAGGGGAUCUGUGAGACGAACGAGAGAAAAGACGAAGAAGAAACCAGUAGAUCGAACGUAAAAGAAAAGCUUCAACUAAGUACUUUUGUACUUCCUCAGUCUGCUCAGACCAACUCUACACACGCUCUCUCCCCCCCCCCUUGACCUCUGACCCCUGUCACCUAACCAACCAAUCACCUGGCGGGAUUUGUUUUUCAACAGGAAGUGUUUUCCCACCUGUCCUCACACGCAUGCAGUCAGUCGCCACGUCGGUCAGGGCUUUAGUUCACCAGUAGACCACACUGAAACGUUACAACGCACACACACGUGUGUCUGUCUCUAGAUCCUGUAGGAACGUGUUUAAGAUGCCAGUCACUGUCAGUAAUACUCUAGUGAGAAAGACCACUGAACAGAAACCUCUAGCAAUAUUGCGUAUGAUUAUUAUCAAACACCCCACACAUGUAAUACCAUCACAAAACAAUAUAUAAUACAACUCAAUCUCCCAGUGAGGAUGGUUAGUGUAAUGGACAUACUGAUGAGGGGUAGGUAGUGUCAGUAUUGUUUCAGAAGGCUGUUGUUGCCACCGCUCCUUUACCUUUUUAGAUCCCUGCUUCUGUCUAAUUUUUAAGAUUGCACUGAAACUGUAAAAGAAACUGGAGUUUAGAGUAGAGAAGCAGACCUAGGUUGACGUCCCAAAUGGCACCCUAUUCCCUACACAGUG